CAGCCCGCCCGCCGGAGAGAGGACAAAAACAAUCGGCAUCUCUUUUUCUCUCACACAGUAGAACAUAAACAAGGAGACUAAAUCCAUCUCGACUUCUCUGACGCUUUCACCGCCGUUAUCGACAUGGUCUCUCCGGUCACCGUGGUCAAGAGUGAAGGCCCCAAGCUGGUGCCAUUCUUCAAGGCAACCUGUGUUUAUUUUGUCCUGUGGUUGCCAACCUCAAGUCCAUCCUGGUUUAGCGCACUUAUCAAAUGUCUGCCCAUAUUUUGCCUAUGGGUGUUUCUCCUGGCGCACGGCUUCAGCUUCCUGGGGGCUCACGCCAGUGCCCGCAAGAUCCUGGCCGGCCUCAUCUUUUCCGCUCUGGGCGACGCCUUCCUCAUUUGGCAGGAGCAAGGCUACUUUGUCCACGGUCUUUUGAUGUUUGCCAUCACUCACAUCCUCUACUCCUCUGCCUUUGGAAUGAAGCCCAUCAAUGUGCGUGCAGGCCUGGUGAUAACGGGCGUGUCCAGUGCGAGCUACAUGCUUCUCUACCCUUACCUGUCCGGCCCCUUCACCUACCUGGUGGCCGUCUACAUCGGUCUGAUCGGCUUCAUGGCCUGGAGGGCAAUCGCAGGCCUGCAGCUCGCCAACGACUUGUGGACCUGGACCAAGCUGUCGGCCUGCCUGGGGGCCGUGCUCUUCAUGGUGUCCGACCUCACUAUAGCUGUUAACAAGUUCUGCUUCCCAGUUCCCCACUCACGUGCCAUCAUCAUGGCGACGUAUUACGCCGCCCAGAUGCUGAUAGCCCUGUCGGCCGUGGAAUGCCAGGAUGCGGAGGUUGCCAGGAAGAGGAUAUGAGGGCCCCCUGACCAGGUCCUGACACAUACCCAAGCCUCAGCCCUCAUCUCCAUCGUUACCAUAGCAACCGGAGCACCAUGGCCCUGUUUGAUAGCCCCACCCUUUUGCGACAGUGUUAUCUUCAACCUCUCCCUGCAACAGUCCCAUCUACCUUUGGAUCUUCAAACGCCUAGUGACCAUGGGUGUGUGCACGGUAACGUUAACCUUCUCCACAAAGUAUUAGGCCUCAUCCUUUUAUUUGUUUAAGGGGGAGUAUGUCACUGGGAACCUUUUAUGACACGUGUGAGAGAGAGCAGAGGCAUGUGUGGAUUUAUGUGUUCGAUUCACGUACCUCACUUUUGAUGCGUCGCCCACAGACGCAAGACACUUAACUUGGUCCAUUCAAUUCAAUAUUUGUGAUGUUCUGUCAUUUUUUAUGUUUUCCGGUUAAUGUUCAAAGUGGAACGAACCGGCCGACAACCAAGAAGAGUAGCAAUCGUGGUAUAGCUUUUGCUGUCUCAAAAAAGGGAUUUUAUUACAGGCUUUCCAACGUUCAGGAAUACCCUGCUCGACCGUCUCCCCCUGUAACUAGGGUGCUAUUCUUAAAGUUAGGAGCUGUCGUAUUAGCUUUAGUUCCUUCCAUCCCAAUUACAAACAACCAUUUGCUUGGUCUGCUAAUGAAGAUAGAAAGAGAAAUAAAGCAAGAAAGUAGGGAAAACAGACUACAUCAGCCAGUGUGCACUGAAGCUUUUGUGACUGAGCAUAUCAUCAGCAGGAGAGUGGGUUGUUUGUGGAAGGUAGACUUUUAUGAGUUUGCUCAGUCCAUGUCAUAGCGGAAGGUUCUUCUUACUCCUCUCUGAGAGAAAUACUUUAGGAAUUCAAACAGGUGGCACUUUUUACCCGUUGUGUAGGCCAGCCUUGGACGUGUACAGAGUAAUCAUUGUAGAUGCUGAAGAAAUGUCAGCAUUGUUCACUAUGAGAGAAAGUCCAUGGUGUUCUUUAAACUGAUCAGGCAGUCCACGCUGUCAUUAUGUGAAAGUUGACUGAAAAGAAAGUAUAUUGUUGAUCAAUUGUACUGUAUGUGUGUGUAUUUUAGGGGAUUUGGAUGGCAUUGGCUCAGUUGUGCUGAGGAAUUCAAACAAGGCAACUGGCUUUUUUCUACUGCUUAGGCAAUAGUUUUGUUUUGAUUGCUGUUGUUUUGUUAGUAAACAGGCAUGGUAGAGAUCGUGAUUAAAGAGCAGAUGUAGACAUCAAAACCGAAAGUAGUCUACUAACUGACAGACCAAUUUUGUUAGCAGUUUGUUUUUAAUAUGUCCCGUCCUUCAUCUUUCAUACCUGGAUACUACUCUUAGAUCGGAGUGUCUUAUCGAAUAUACACAAAUAUUAUCUUCAGAUGUCUAUGUAUGCAUAUGUGCACACGAUACUAUACACAUGUUUGUCUGCAUGUGUUGCUGACUCAAUGCACACUCUACAACCAGCUGUAGGCCAUAAAUGCUGUGACCCAUCACAGAUGGAGUCAUCGUUGCAGUACACUACUGGAUAUUAUGGAUUAAUGUAUUCUCUCAGUGCUCUUAAAUAUGGAUCAGUGCUGGUGACCUCCUUCAGUGUUUUAUACAAUCCUCUAAGCAUGUAUGGCUGACAUUGAGUCUUAUAAGGUUAUAAUAAUUGAAAAAAAACAAACAAAUAGGAAUAAGCAGUUGCCAUCGUAAAAUCUUCUUUCACUUAACAGGCUAUUUUUAAGUUACGUAACACUACAUCAGUACCUUGGCUUAUGAGUUUAUUUGGUUUUGUGAUGAAGCUCGUACUCAAAAUACGCGUAUCUCAAACUAAUGUUCUUUAUUAAAAAAACAGCACAAUUUUGGCUUUUGAAAAGAAAACUAACUUUUUGAUAAGAAAUAUUGUAUGAAAACAAUGCAUUUGAAUGUACUACAAACAACUGCAGUAGUUUGAUGAAGUUAUGUAAUAAUAAUCUACAGCAGACUUCUAGGGUAUCUCCUUCGAGCUGAUUUUUCUGUCAAACACACCAUAAGCAGCUUUUCCAUAUUUGCGUCGAUAAAUGUCCUCUGUUUAAAAAUAAUUACCGGCAGUAUCGACUUAUUCUGCUUCGGUUUCGUGCACACUAGCAGUGAUAUGCUCGUAUUGCUUUGCCAAAUCGACUAAUAUCUUUCUUUAAUUCAAUGAAUAUCAUCCCCUUUGCACUCACUUUUUUGUUCCCGUGGUUGAACAAACAAAGUCUAGGUCUUCCAAUAGCUUUUACCUAAUAAUUCGCAACGGUAACUAACGGUGGGGAGACUUUUGCACGCAACUUAAAGCAUAACAAUUAGCCGAGAGACAGCUUGUAUCCCCCACAAACUUGUGAGCUGGGGCACUCGUAACCAGAGGUACCACUCUAUCAUUAAAAGUCAGUGAACGUAACGCAGCGCAGCAGGUGUAUAAAUUCUCAUUUGGGUGAGAGUUAAGUUGAGCAGUGCUAGCCAAUGAGCUUAAUGCCAUUGGUUGUCAACUCAUUGUCCAGCUUAGCUCUACUUCAUAUAUUAUCACACAGUCAGACUAGCUAGCAUCCGUUACAUUAACUUUUCCACUGAUAACGUUGAGAUGUAAAAACAAUGCAACAAAUAAUUACUGCUGUCAAAAUCUGCUUAAACAUUUUUUUAGUUUUGGUUAUUCGCGAUUAAUCACAAUAAAUUCAAACUUUAGAUGAAUCAACUUUAAAAGAGACUUUAAAAGAGACUUCAAUUAUUUGACAAAACUGCAAUUGAAUGUUAUUGUCAGAAUGUCAUACAUCAUGAACUUUUAUAGAUGCGCUGGUGAUGCGAUCCAUCGAUCACACGUAAAUAUAAGCUGUACCCACCUCAAUUUUUAGAUACAUUUUAUUUUGUAUAUAUUUUGGCCGCACAAGUCUAUAUGCCACAUUAAAACAUAAAAUAUUUACAUAGGCGCUUGUGUUCAUUCACAUAUUCAACAAAAGACAAUGACUGUAACAGAGCCUACUAGAGCGUGGUCUUUCGGGGCCCAUUAGUGUUGGUGAAUUACCGUUCCAUGUGGGGGCCGUUUCCUUUUUUCAUUGUCCGAGUCGAUCGUCUUUGGCUUUGGGGCUGUGUCUUGUGCAUUCCGUUGUUUCUGCUCCAAAAUGAGGGUGAUUCCAUAAUUUGCUAAAUGGCUGACUGAAUGAUUGUGUGAAUGUGUUUUAAUUUAAUGUCAACAAUGUCAAUGCAAUUUCAUUGGUCUGAUGCAACGGGGCUAAAAUAGUUUGCGGCAUGUUAAGUGAAGCCUGUGACUCCGAAAAAAUACAUAAAUGAGCAGCAGCCUUGCAAAAAGCGCAGGGUUCAAAGCAUGGGGGAAAAUGUAGCGGCUUGUAGUUCGUAAAUCACGGUAACGGCAAAUUAAAAUGGGACUUAAAUAACUCUCACACAGUGUAAAAGAAGAUAACUACCGCAAAACAUAAAUAACAUCUAAUCACGAGUGACGGGAAAAGCUGAAGUCCUGUUGCAUCUAACGAGUAUUUUUUUUCUUUUUCUUUUCUUUUUUUUACUUUUAAAGGCUGCGGAAAAAGCCAGAGAAGAAGCAAAACGGACUGAAUUUGAGGUCUCUUUCGGCUGUGAUGAAGUGAGGUCAACAUUGCAGGUUUCCCUAUAUGACAAUUAGUCUACAUGCUUCAUUAGUGUUGACAAUAACUCCACUAAUUAUACAUAAAAUCUCCGUAAUUGCAAAUAAACACAAGUGAGCAUUGCCUACAGUACGUAGUGUUAGGACAUAUUUGGUUAUCUCUACAGUGAAAUGAUAUGCUGGAGUAUGCAAAACAAACUGCAAUGGAAAAAGAAAACGACCCAUUAAUACACAAAUGUUUUCAUGCUGUCACAUGUUAUCUGCAGGCAGAUCAUUGACGACAUUUACACUGCAGGCCAAAGUGGACCAAAUCAGAUUUUUUUUAAAUCAGAUUUUUCUUCCAGCUGGCUGCUUCGUUUACAAGUAGAAUGUGAUUUUUUAUCAGAUUCAGUGUCCAGUGUAAACGGAGCUAUAGUUUUUUUCACUUGGCUGACAACAAUUGUGGUAGAAAUGAAUGAAGACUCCAUUUCUGCCCGAAGCACGCUUGUUUGUAUUUCUGCUUUUGACCCGUCAGCGUGACCACUUGUCGUUUCAAUCUGUCCAUCCAGCAUUACAGCUCAUACACUCACUCGCCAUCUUCCUCGUCCAUGCUCGUUUUGUCCCGAGCCUCGGGUCCAGGAAGCACAAUAGAAAACGGAAGAUGGAGUCAAGCAGUCUUACUCAUCUGCACCAUGUAGGCAUUUUAUGUAAGCAGCCCCCUUUUGGUUGCCAAAUAAAGGCAUAAGGAGCGUCAGAGAAGAACUCUUUCUCCGGUUAUUUUUGUUGGGCAACCCACACUCCAGAAAGUUCCCACUACUAUGCAUGCUGAAGUCAGAAGGCUGUAAGUUAUCGUUCCUAUCAUACCGCUGUACAGCACGAGUAACCAAAGCUAACUCUUGUAUCAUUUAGUAUCAUUUUUCCCAUUUUAUGUUUGUCCUACUGUUGACUGACAGAUGUUGACUGCUAAUGUUGCUGGAAUAAGAUGAGGGGGUGAAAUAUGACACAGGAGAACGCGCCCUCUGCUUCAGCCUCCCAACAGAUGGCAGACGGGUCCGUCACUUUACCUCAAUCCGUCAACAGUCCUGUUGUUGUUGUGAGCUUUGUGCGAGCAGACAAAGAGGACCUGAAAGAGGUGCGGGAGGGCAUUUGGGUCUGUCCAGGCUGGCCAGUAAUGAUCCAGAACCAGUAGCUGGUGUAGUAUAGAAGUACAGGUUUUUUUCAUGCACCUUCUUGUCGCUCUUUGUCGUUUUUAAAGUGUCCGUUAAAACACUUUGGUUCAGAGUAUGGAUCAACCACGCUUCUCUACAAUUUGAAAGUGGAGACUUUGGCAUUCUUGUAUUCGAAGACUUUUAAAGUGUACAAUAGGGCUGCAACGAUUAAUCGAUUAAAAGGGUCAUGUGAUGCAAAAUCAAUUUUUCUUACCUGUUUGCACCUGUUUUAGUGUAUUUGGGAUCCCUAUAACUCCCCAAAAUGUAAUUCCAAACCAUGGCGGCUUGACAGACGUAGGCUUAGGUUCCAUGAUAUAUUUUUAUUAUUAUUAUUAUCAUUAUUGCACACAUAAUAAGUGACAUUUUUAUGUUGAUUUGGUGCAUUUAUUAAAAGAAAAAAUAAUCAAUCAAUCAAAGUUUAUUUAUAUAGCCCUUAAUCACAAGUGUCUCAAAGGGCUGCAAAACGACACAUCCUCGGCUCAGAUCCCACAUCAGGGUAAAGAAAAAACUCAACCCAAUGGGAUACAAUGAGAAAAUACGCAUUGAGGUUAUAAAGUGGUUUAUCCGAUUACUCAAUUAAUCAAACAAAGUCAUUGAUAGAUUACUUGAUUACUAAAUUAAUCAACUUCUGCAGCCCUACGGUACAAUUAAAGCAAAUUGUUCAUUGAAGACCCAACUUUUGCUUCAAAGGUGUUUUUUAAUGUGACGAUUGAGUGUCUGUGACCUGGAAAUGUCUGAAGAAAGUGAAGAAAAACUGCAAGAUGUUGUGUUAAGACGGGUGUUGUCAACAUGUGGGGCAGAUCCUCACCUGGGCGACGUCAGGGAGGGUAUUAUUGGGGCGGCAUAGCUCGGUUGGUAGAGUGGCCGUGCCAGCAAUUUGAGGGUUGCAGGUUCGAUUCCCGCUUCCGCCAUCCUAGUCACUGCUGUUGUGUCCUUGGGCAAGACACUUUACCCACCUGCUCCCAGUGCCACCCACACUGGUUUAAAUGUAACUAUUGGGUUUUACUAUGUAAAGCGCUUUGAGUCACUAGAGAAAAGCGCUACAUAAAUAUAAUUAACUUCACUUCACUUAUUAUGAUGGGACACACUGUAAAGUUUUAGACUAUGCUCCAAGUUAUUUUAGAAUCUUGGCCACAUGAAUAAUUUUCACUAUUAAAAAACAAUGUCAAUUGAAGUGAAUUAUAUUUAUAUAGCGCUUUUUCUCAAGUGAAUCAAAAAGCUUUACAUUGACAAACCCAUUAUCUACAUUUAAGCUACCCUUACACCAGUGUGGGUGGCACUGGGAGCGAGGUGGGUCACAAAAACAGUGAUUAGGAUGGCGGAAGCUGGAUUUGAACCAGGUAAACCUCAAGUUCCUGGCCGUCCGCUCUACCAUUUGAGCCACAUUGCACCCCCAUGGAAGAUUGUUUUUGAUUAAAAUUGCUGACACAACGUCUUACAGUCUUUUGCCACUUUAUUGUGUACUAAAAAACUAAUUUACCACAACAAUUACCCACAAUGUACUGACUGACUUUAUGAAAAAACAAAAUAAUCCAAUUACUCUCCUUCAAAAGGUAAUCAGAAUAUACAAUGUGCUGCUAUGAUGAUGUAACUAACAAUUGUAGUAUUCAGAUGAAAAGUUACAAAUAUUUUAACUAAUAAUGAUUGUUGAAGCACAACAAAUGAAUGCAUUUUAUUUUAUUUUAUUGCAUUUAUUUUCCUAGAGGUCUUUCAAAGCUGUCAGUGUUGAGUUUUUUUGUUUUGCAAAUAAGCAGCAUUUCACUCAUGGGAACAUUGUUUUCCACAUGUAUCUUUUAAUUGUAUUUAAUUAAACAAAGUGUUUACCUAUAUUUCCAUGCCCUAUAGUUUCUUUCAUUGUCCUUGAUUUUCAUUUGUGAUUUCUUUUUUUCAAAUUUGUAUAGACGAACAUGUUUCGUUGUUGUAGUGAAAACUGCUAUGAAUGUGAAUGUCUAGUAAAUAAACGCAAUCACAAUGCAA